UAUUUUAUUUCUCUGUAUGGAAGAGCCUAAUCCUUUUGGAACUUUUGUCGUGUUGGACCUCAUAAUUUGGCCUAAGAAUCAUUUUAUUCCGGUUUUUUUUUUUAAAGAACUAGGUGAGGAAAUUAUAGUGCUUUUUUAAAAUUUGAUGAGGGACAAUUUUUCUGAUGAACUACGUCUUGUUUUUGCAGUGUUAAUGUUACUAGAAGUUGCAAGAUUUCUGCCUCAUUACCAUUUUAUGUAUGAUAAUCUCUAGGUCUUAGUUGGUGGAACUUGUAGCAAAAUUGUUUCUUUGCCUAAAAAUGUUAUCAAAAAGCCUAGUUUGAGCAACUAUGUACUUGGAACCCUGGGUUUAUCCUCCUCAUCUGAACCAUAAACGUAUGACUGUUAAGCUUAAUUUAGCAGUGCAUUUGCUUCCUGGAUGCCUCUUUGCCUUCUCAUUUAUAUUCCAGUUAUGACCUUGAUGAGGGACUGGUUUCUAUGUUAUUACUUUAUGAUCUUGUAUGUAUAACAACUUAAAGAAGCUAAGUUGCUACGUGCUCAAUGUCAACAUGAGAUGUCUAUCAAUCUUGCAAAAUACGUCUUACACAAUAACAAGGUGAACAAAGAAGCUUCAAAUUAUAUCGGUUGGUUGGAAAGUGGUUGGCUGCAACUCGAUCUAGCAACUCAAGGACAAUUUUGGAGCAGUACCUUAAACCUGCAGUGGAGCUCGCUGAGCCUAAAAAAAAGUGUAGACAAGAAGUGUAUACAGAGACAGUGCCAAACACAUUUUCAUCUUGUACACUAUUCUGAUGCUUUAUUUAGAAGUUAUGAAGAAAGGCUCUUCUCUAAUGAAUGGCAAGCAGCAUUGCGACUGAGAAAGUACAAGGCAGAAAAGAUGGAUUUGUCGAUAAAAAUACAGGAAUUGCAAAAGCAACUCACAAUAGAUAAGAGGGAGGAUGAAAAGCUGCAGGUUUGGCACAACAGGUUGAUUUGGUAUGAAAGGGCUUGCAAUUUAAUUGGUCACUUCAUGUGUAGGUUCAAGAAAGGUUUGAAAUAAGAAGAAUUACACUGAUAUUAAAGAACAUAUAGUUUAUCAAUUUUAUAAAUAUUCAACUCUCUGCAUGUCUUCUUUAUCGUGUUCGUUAACUAAAAAAGGGAGAUUCUAGGGAUUCUUUCUUGUACAAGAAUGCAGGUUCACAACUUCUCAUUGAAACUAAGACACCCAAUAAAAAUCUUUCAGCACCCCAGUUGGUUUUCAGAA